AAGCACCACCUGGAGUAUCACCUCCGCAACCACUUCAACUCCAAGCCCUUCAAGUGCAACAAGUGCAACUACUCGUGCGUGAAUAAGUCCAUGCUCAACUCUCACAUGAAGUCCCACACCAACGUGUACCAGUACCGCUGCUCCAACUGCACCUACGCCACCAAGUACUGCCACAGCUUGAAGCUUCACCUCAGAAAAUACAACCAC